ACUAGGCUUUAGAAGCAGUGGGUACUGGGUACUUGAUAAAGUGGUCUCUGGGGAUUGUAUAGUGUAAAGUAGCCCUUUAAUUUCUAGGCAAACCUAAUGGGUUCCGUCGAUUUGGAGAAGAUGGCGUGGUGCUUCCCAAGAGUUAUGAAGAUCAUGCUGAUGCCAUCCGAGCCAUGGAAGUCAGGCCUGAUGAUGUGUGGCUGGUCACAUACCCUAGAUCUGGAACAACGAUGACCUGCGAGAUAUUGUGGCUGAUGAUGAAUAAUCUGGAUUAUGAAAAGGCAGCAAAAACACAUAUGUUUCACCGACGACACUUUCUGGAAUUUUUCACAUUUCUCCACGAGCAAGCUCAAGACUUGGACACUUAUCCAUCUCUUCACAACUUCCCUGUAGGCUACCGUCUUGCCGCCGCUUCCCCCUCCCCCCGUCUAGUCGUCACCCACCUCCCCUUAUCGCUCCUACCACCCAAUGUCCUGGAUGUGGCCAGGGUGGUGUUCGUGGCCAGGGACCCGAAGGAUGUGGCUGUGUCCUGGUAUCAUUUGCUGAGGAUGUACAGGUGUUUUGAUUUCGUGGGGGACUUUAAGGAGUUCUGGAAACUUUUUAUGGAUGAUUCGAUUCUUUUUACACCAUUCUUCCCAAGACUAAAGGAGACUUGGGCACUGCGCAACCAUCCGAAAAUGAUGUUUUUGUUUUACGAAGACAUGAUAAAGGAAAUAUUUGAAAUACACGAAACGUGACUAUAUCAUCCUAGGAAUCACAGAAAAUCUUCUUGUCCAUUUUUAAUUUUGAUCUGGAUCUCAUGUUGUACCAACCGAUAAAUAUUGAAAAACAUGAAACUAAAAGAAACAGAUUUUGUACCACUUUAUUUUCACCAGGACAUACCCAGCACCUUAAAGAAGAUAUCCUCCUUCUGCGGCAAGCAAUAUUCUCAAGAGCAGAUCCUGACGCUCGCUGACCAUCUGUCCAUUGACAACUUCAGGCAAAACCAGUCGGUGCAAUCUGUGCUGGAAACUAUUCGAGGCAUGAAGAAUGAAGGCGGAGAGGGGUUUAUUAGGAAAGGUAAAUCAGGUGGUUGGCGAUCUUACUUCGACGAAGAUAUGCGGCUGCAGGCUGAAACUUGGAUCCAGCGCAAUCUAGCGGGCAACGACAUAACUUUCGCAUCUUAACAUAAUAUAUUAUAAUUAUAAGUUAAUUAAACUAUAGGUAAUAAAACUAUAUAAUGUGCAAUUUGGUUGCUCAAUGUUCUGCGUGGAAUGAAACGCACAGAUGCAAGAAAUGUAUUUUUCUUUUCAAAAUGUAGUAAAAUAAAAGAUUAACAUAACAUGAUAUUGCUAAGGCAUGUUAACAAUCUUAACAAAUUGGUUAAUAAGAAUAAGUAUUUAAAGGAAAUAAGGGUGGUUCAUCCGCUCGAUAAUGGAUUUAUGGACCCAAACAAAUAAAUUCAUGGUUAGCUUAACUAUAAUAGCAGUUUUUAUUAUCCUUUUAAAUAAAAAAAAAACAAGUUUUUUGAUGCGGUCAAGACUUUAAUUUUAUUAAAUUUAUCCCUCAAAUUAAACAUUUAUCCCUUUAAUCCCCCAAAAGCUAAAAGACUACAAAACAACAGAGCAGCAGAUAGCAGCAUAUUGUAUUACAAUUCGUUGUAAAUAAACACAAAACAAACAAAAAUGGUAAGAUGGUAAGUAAAUCAUAAAUAUAAUUUUUAUGGCUGGCCAAAAACAGUGUUUUUUUAAAGUCUGAAACUUGUUAUUAGAAAAAUACACCUUAUGUCAAACCGGCAAAACAAAACGCAGCUUGGCCGUCAUCUUUCUUUCCUCUUGACAUUUUGUUCAAGGAGAACGUAUACCAUUUCGGCUUAACACGUUUCGUGUCUUUA